CUUUUAGCUAGUUAUUGCUACCAAACCAAACCUCACCUUUUGGCAUUUAUCAUCCUACCUAUCCCUAUGUCUCCAACAAAAUUUGCCAAAAUCCAUACAAUUGAUAAAAACAAAUCAAUUGAAGAACAAGACCAACUUACCCAAGAAACCAAACACAUGCUUUUGUCUCUUCCAAGAGAGAAAGGUUGGAGAACACCUCACAUAUAUCUCUUCCAAGGCUUUUGGUGUCAACCAGCUGAAAUCCAAGCCAUAAGCACUUUCCAAAAUCACUUCAAAGCCAAAGAUAGUGAUGUCUUUGUUGCAACUGUUCCAAAAUCAGGCACAACUUGGUUGAAAGCUCUUACUUUUGCCAUUAUGAAUCGCCAAAACCAUCUCAUUUCUUCCAAAAACCAUCCUUUGCUUAGUUUCAAUCCACAUGAUCUUGUUCCUUUCAUUGAAUACACUGUCUAUGGUAAACAUGAUCGAAUUCCGGAUUUGUCGAAUUUUCAUGAGCCUAGACUUUUUGGCACACAUAUUCCAUUUGCUUCAUUGUCCAACUCUAUCAAAAAAUCCAAUUGCAAGAUAGUUUAUAUAUGUAGGAACCCUCUUGACACAUUCAUCUCUUCUUGGAUGUUUGUCAACAAGAUUAAACCUCCUUCAAUGCCUACAUUGAAGUUAGAGGAAGCUUUUGAAAUGUAUUGUAAAGGACUAGUAGGGUUUGGGCCAGUUUGGAAUCACAUGUUGGGUUAUUGGAAUGAGAGCAAAGAGAGACCAAAAAAAGUACUUUUUUUGAAAUAUGAGGACUUGAAAGAAGAUGUGGUUUUUCAUUUGAAAAAAUUGGCUAAGUUUUUAGAUUGUCCUUUUACCUUGGAGGAAGAAAAAGAGGGUGUGGUUGAAAAUAUCAUAAAGUUGUGUAGCUUUGAGAAAAUGAAGGAGUUGGAGGUGAAUAAGAUAGGAACAUUUGGAAGAAACUUUGAGAAUAAGUUCUUGUUUAGGAAAGGUGAAAUUGGUGAUUGGACUAAUUAUCUUUCACCUUCAAUGGUUGAAAAAUUGUCCAAAAUCAUUGAAGAGAAGUUAGGUGGAAGUGGCUUGAAAUUUAGAGUGAAGUAAUAUUACUUCAAGUUUUAUGUGUAACUUCUAUCUAUAUGCUUUGUUGCUUUUAGCUAUUUACAUGCAACAACCAUGCAUGAAAUUCAUAAAUUAUGUUGCAAGUAUUGUUAUGGUAUUUCCAUUUCAUAUGUUUAGGUUAAUGUAAAUCUUCAUUCAAGUAUUUCCAUGUAAUAUCAAGUGUGUUUCUUUGUUGUGGCAAAUGGUUUAAUAUAUAUGUAGUUCUAUGAACAAUAAGAUCCAUCUUUUGUAGUGUGUUUUUCUCCUUUGAGUUUUCAACUACAAAGGGACCAAACACUUUCUGAUUUUCUUAUAAAACAAUUAUU